CGUCGGCCGGGCCUCAAGAUGGCACGCCCCAAGCAAGCACCCAAGGGCAAGGGGAAGAGCCGCCAAGGCGACCCCGCGCCCGCCAAGGACAAGGCUGGAAGAACCAAGACGAGCGUCGCCCAGCAGCUCACCGCAGACCUCGAGCGCCUCCGUGGCCUCGGCAACGGCGACCUGGACGCCGACGAGGCCAAGGCCAUGGCCCGCGACCUCAGCGCCGAAGAGCGCUUGACCCACGCAGACGCGCACGUGCGCCUUCUCGUAGCGUCCUGCGCCGCCGAGCUCCUGCGCUUGACGGCGCCCGAGACGCCGUUUGCGUCGGACCAGGCGCUGCAUGACGUCUUUGGCCUCGUCAUUCGCGCCUUGAAGGAGUCGACCAAGGAUACGGACAUUGCGUGGUUUGGGCUUCUCGAGACGCUCGCGUCCGUCAAGAGCUGCAAUCUCAUGGUCGGUUUGCAGCCCGAGUUGCUGGAGACAUCUUCGUCGUCCGACUUAGUCCCGCAGUCACCUCUGCUUUUUCGAGCGGCUGCAAGACGACCACUCGCCCAAGGUCGAAGCCAACAUGAUUACCAUCAUGGCGAGCUGCUUGGAAGAAGAAGGCGACGCCGUGAGUCCGGCGAUCCUCGAAGCGCUUUUGGAACCGCUCCUUGAAGCGUCCAAGCCGCGGACGUACCAUAUGGCGCAGCAGGUCAUUGAGAAGGCGACGGACGUGCUCCAGACGCACUUGAGCCUCUUCUUCAACAGCGCGCUCGUCGACGUGCGUGGCGCGAGCGAGCACUCGGCGCUCAAGGAGCAUAUUCACGCGCUCAUCUACGAAGUGCACAAGGUCAACCCGAGCUUGCUCUUGUACGUGCUGCCGAACGUGUGCCUCCAGCUCCAAGUCGACGACCUCGACACGCGCUCGAACGCGAUUGCGCUCAUGGGCCGUCUCUUUGCGUCGUCGCACGCCGACUACGGGUCGCAGUACCUCAAGAACUUUCGCGAGUUUCUCGAUCGGUUCCGCGACGUGAAGAAGGAAGUGCGCCUCCAAAUGGUCCAGGUCUGUGCGAUCAUUGCGCAGCGCAAGCCCGACUUGUUGCAUCUCAUCGAACCCGAGAUGAUGGGUCGGCUCCAGGACGCCGAGUGGGACGUCCGGCGUCUCGCGAUGAACGAGCUCUGCGACCUCGCGGCGAAGAGCGUAACGAGCGUCAGCGCGUCGUGUCUUCGCCAAAUCGGCGAGCGCAUGAAGGACAAGAAGGUCGUCAUUCGCAAGGAAGCCAUGACGGGCCUCGCGCAGAUCUACUCGGCCCACGUGGCGAGCAGCCUCAGCACCGGCGCCAACGAAUUGACGGCCGCGGCGACCGCGCUCUCGUGGGUGCCCGAUUACGUCCUCAAAUGCUUCGCGUACCCGCAGCAAGAGCUCAAGCUGCGCGUGGUGCAACUGCUCGACGACAUUUUGCUGCCGAAAGCCACGUCGGAGCUGCAUCGCAUGAAGGGCCUCGUCUUUCUUUGGAAGCACCUCGAACCGAGCGCCAAAGAAGCGCUCAAGCGCAUCUUCCUCGAGCGCGUGCGUUGCCGGGAUGCGAUCACGACGUUUGUCGACAUCAAGCAGCUCAUGCGGCACAAGAAGAACGCGACAGCCGCGACGCCCGAAGUGCUCCACAUGAUCGAGUGCUUGAAGGAGCUCCAGCCUCUCCUUCCCGAGACGGACGGCUGGGCGUCGUUGACCGAGAAGCUCGCGCUCUGGAAGGACAUGAAGCUCGUCAAGCACCUCGAGCUCCUCUGCGCACCCUCGAGCUCGAGCGCCGACCUCCGCAAGGCCCGCGAAGACGUGGUCAAGAUGCUCGGCUCCAAGACGCCGCUUGGCGAGUGGAUGAAAAACCUGUGUCGGAAGCUCGCGAUGCUCACGAUCAACGCCACGAGCCUCGAGUCGCUCCUCUCCAUGCUGCAGCACGAAUCGACGAGCCGGGACACCAAGACGGUGGUCGAGAUCCUCUUGUUUGUCGCGGGACAUGCGCCGUUCCUCUUCGAAGCGCAUCUCAACACGCUCGAGGCGCUCUUGGACGACGACACGCAGGCGGCGUGCGUCCUGGACAUUCUUAUUGCGUACGGCAAGUACCGCAAGGCGCACACGACUGCGCGCGCCCCCGACAGCGCGCUCGAAGGCGUCCUCCUCGCCGCCGCGCAAGAGUCGGAGGGCGACGAGAUUGUCAAGAAGAGCACGCGUGCGCUUGUGCUUCUCUUCCCGCGCGCGCCGGCCGUCAAGGCGUGGCUCGUGGCACUGGCCAAAGCGUCGACGCACGAGGAUGCACAGCUGGUCGCGCUCGCGACCUUGGCCAAGCAUAUCUCGGUGCCGGCCGAGUGCAAGGCGCUGUGUGCUUUGCUCUUGGCGUCCACGGCCUCGUCGCAUGCGAAAAUGAAGAAGAAGGAGCUCCACACGUUGGCCCUGCAGCUGCGCGUGCUGGGCCAUAUGGCCGUGUACCAGUUUCCCGACGACGCGGCCAAGGCGCGGUCGGUGCUCGACAUUCUGACGCCGUUGCUGGCGUCGGCGCAGGCGCCGCUGCGGCGCGUCGCCGCGCAGACGAUGCUCGUUUUGAGUCGCACGCCGCUGCUCGAGAGCCAAGUGCGCACCAACGAGUGGCACGCGCUCAGCUACGCCGUCACGGACGAGGACGUUGGUGUCCGAGAGGCGAUCCUCAAGAUGCUGACGGCCAAUCUUUUGCGGCAUGCGAUCCCGCACCCGCACAAGUACACGGCGAUGCUGGCGCUGACCGUGCACGAGACACACGUCGAGCUCAAGAAGACGGCUCGCACGCUUUUGGCGACGGCCGUCACGCGUCUCCGCCGAGCGUUCGAGGCCCGCGACCAAGACGACGCAACGAACGACGAAGCGAGCUCGCUCAUGGUGCCCGAGUACACGCUGCCAUUCGUGUUGCAUCUCGUCUUGCACCCGCCGCAUGGCAGCGCCAAGCUCCAUGACGCGCCGUCGUUGUUGCUCGACGUUCUUGUCUCGAACGUGGCGUCCGAGGCCGACAACAUUUCGUUUUUGCUCCAAAUGCUGCACAAGAUGAGCAUGUGUCAUGACGCGACCGAGCCGACGGCCAAUGGGCUCUACAAGGUCGUGCAACAGUGUACGUCGACGCUUCGCGCCAAGAUCAAGAACCAAGUCAACCUCAAGCCGUACCCGGGCCAAAUCUUCCUGCCCAAAGACCUCUUCCAGCCCGGCAAGGCCGAGAACGACAACGACGCCAACGACUCGGACGCGAGCGAUGACAACGAGGCCAAGUCGAGCAAGACGCCCAAGAAGCGGACGCUCCCGAAAGCAAACCACGCGCCCAAGGCCAAGAAGGCCAAGCCGACACCGGCCAAGACCAAGGCCUCGGACGACGACCCGCCGCCGCGACGCAUGCCGUCCCGCCGUGCGAAGCAAACCGAAGCCAAUCUGGCGGACCCCGACAGCGACGUGGAAGAAUACGCUGCCGAAGCAAGCGCGCCCGCGUCGUCGAUCCGCGCGUACUUUACGCCGGUGCGUGCUCAGGCCCGUGCCACAAAUGACAGCGACAGCGACGAUGGCGAAGAAGAGACCAAGCACGCUGGCAGCGACAACGAGGAAGAAACCAAGGCUGCCGGUAGCGACGACGACGAAGACAUGACGAGCUUCCGUCCUCGCCGCCGCCGGUAA